UUGACAGUGCUGCUAUCAGAGUAGUGUGUUCCUGGAAAGUGUGUGGAUCUUUAUUUAAUUUAGGGCUUUCUCACUUUGUAGUUGUUAUUUGGCUUCGUUAGAAUAGAUGUGUUGCUGAAGGAGAUGCGGGGCGGGACGGAUUCUUAACUGGACGUGUAAAAACGCUGCGAUUUCUCCCGUCCGGUUGUUAUGGAGCAGCCACCAGGGAGCAUAAAUGAUCUACAGCCUCAAGACCUCUCCACUUCCUGCAUCCCCACUGUGAUCGACCUGACCAGGAAAGGGGAGGAAUGUGUCCGCAACUCCACGGCGACUCUUGAUGCCUUGCGGGUGGUCAGGAGUCCCGGCUGGUUCCCAAACUCUGGGAACAGCAACCCUGGAUUACAGGGAUUCUCAGAGACCAGCUCCUCGGACAUCGCACACCAAUCAGGGGAUCAAAUUCAGCCAGACAAUGCCUUCUCGCACACUACAGUCACCCUCUCCUACGUGAGCAGGUCUCACGUCUUCUCCGUUCAGGACACCCUAUCUCAGCACUCGCCUCUGUACAGUGUGCCGCCUAUCAGCAAGUUCUCCCUCCACCCUCCUUGUGACACAGAUAAAGGGCUUGGGGAGACCGGCUAUGCAUUGAACCAGCAUUACUUGGAGCAGGCUGAGAGGCCUGUGGACCUCGCCACACAGACAGAACUUUUUCAGUCAUUGUCUCAGGCUCAAGGGGGACUAGAGAACAAUGUGGGCAGAACACAGGACUCUCAUGAGUGUAACAGUGGAGUCACUUUCAGUGAUGGGGAUGUAGAAAAGCCGCUACAGGGCAAAGAGGACCACAGCCUUACUUAUGAAAACAGUCAGAGUUUAGAUAAUUGUAAUUCAGGGGCAUGUGCCGAAUCCUCACCUGAGCCUGUCGCCCCUGUCACAGGGAAGGAAGAGGAGAAAGGGGCCUCUGAGGUGCUCUUUCUUAUGUAUAAGAAACCAGACCAACUGGUUGCCUCAGACAGUGCAGGUGCCAGAGACCUGUGUUCACUAAGCAGGGAGUACAUAAGUCCUCUGGAGGACCCCGUUUCCCCCUCUGCUACCUCACUGGAUGAUGUGGAGGAUGUAUUUGUGUUGCCUCAGGCCUCAAGCUCACCCAGCGGCGACAACUCUUAUCUUGAGACAGCUGAGGGCGUCUUGUGUGAUAGCUUGAGUACAGAAGGGGCCAGUCAGCCAAGCUCUGGCACCAGUGACGGCGCCACAAGGUUGGAUUCAAGUGAUGAAAAUAAAGAGCCAGGCCAUAGAAGAAAGCCUGUCCUGGAGCCUUUGAUCGACUUGACUGAUUUUUGUGGAGCAGAGGUUUCUGAAAACGAUCACACGACUGUUGUUCCUCACAUGAAUGGGAGCGCAAAGGCACUAGAGAGAAGUCUGAAAAAAAAGAGGCUGCCAGCACGUUCUGGUAGAGGGACGCGACUAGAGGCCAUAGUUAUGAACAUAAAUUCAAGCAGGUAUAAAGUAUCAGGAUGCAUACGCACCAGUAACAAAGCUAAUGCUUCCCAGUCAACAUCCAGUGAUUCCACCUUAUCCACAUCUAAGAGAAAAGACUCUGUGUUAGCAGGUAAAAGGAAAGGCAGCGUGAAAGUAUCUUUCUCAGCAAAACUAACAAAACAGAAAGCAGUAACCCCGCUGAAAAGGUGUAAAUCCAAUAACCUGAAUACUGACAGCUGCAAAGACUCUACCUCUGAUUCAGAAAUGAUCAGUAAUUCUAAAAACCUACAGCGCAGCGCACCUCCAAAAAGCCCCAGGUCUGCUUCACAGAGAGAGACUGCAAAGAGAGAACCGGUGAAUGUUUCCCAUCCUGUGCACCCACCACAAACUGCCCCUGUGAAGUCAAAGAGGAAAACCUCCCCACAGUCAAGUCCUCAGUUUGCUGUGCAUAAGAAUUCAAAGAAGGAGCCUGAGCUGCUUCCUCAGCCUGACCACUCAGUGGACAUUCAGGUGGCGAGAUUUUCACCACCAUCAAAAUCUCCAAAGAAAAACCAAGGCAAAGCCAAAAGCAGAUCUUCUGGUAGCAAAACGUCUCCCAGUGCCAAGACGAAGGCUGCUCACACUCCCAAAAGAAGGCGAAAGAAACACAAACGGGGUCAGUCGUCGUCCAUGUUUUCCCCCAAAGAGCCUGAGAUCAAGCUCAAGUAUGUCAACUACAAGGAGGACAAAAGGGAUUCGAGGCCAGACAGUUUCUCUCCGUUUAUCCACGUGGAGCGUCAGCAGUCGUCGCCGUCACUGUGUACUGUGAUCAAUUACCCCGAGGAGGUAAGGGCGCAGCACAAGAAGGGCCCGCAGCAGCAGCAGGCUAAUACCAGCGGCUUCAUUUCCGCACUUGUACCCAGCACUUCCUGUCUGCAGCUGGGCCGGGUGUCCACUCGUGGUCAGCACCAGCGCCCUCUCAUCUGCUGCCUGUGUGGGCAGUCGGCCAAUGCCAUGGACUUGGGGGACCUCCACGGCCCCUACUACCCUGAGGGGUACCAGCCGAGCACCAAAACACCAGCCAGCACUUUAGGCCUCAAAGAGGAUGACUACAGUGAUUCAGACUCUUCUUCCUGCAGCAUUAGGGGUAGGGGGAGGAAGUGUGCUGCUGCUCCCGCUCCACGGGCCCUUAGGCCAGGAGCUCAGCUGAAGAAGAGGGGUCUCUUGGAGAACCACAGACGGACCGGCAGCAGCAGCUCGGGUAGCCCUGCGGCAAAGCGAGCACGGUCAGAUGCUAGCUCUGCAGCUGUGGAGGACUGGUAUAGCCCCCCUGUGUUGCUCCUAGAGCCUUGUGAAUACUGGCUCCAUGAAGAUUGCGGCAUCUGGUCUGCAGGCGUGUUCCUCGUGAAGGGCAAAGUGUACGGCCUGGAGGAGGCCGUCAAAGUGGCCCAGGAGACGGUGUGUUCAGCGUGCCAUGACCCAGGUGCUGUGCUGGGCUGCUUCUUUAAAGGUUGUCCCAACAAGUACCACUACAGGUGUGCUCUGGAGUCAGCAGACUGUGUUCUCAUUGAAGAAAAUUUCUCCAUGAAGUGUAAGAAGCACAAGAACAAGACAUUCAAAGCCUCCUUCAGGGAACAGAUGGGACGAAAGGUGACAGAAACCUCAUGAGGUCAAAGAUUCACCUGCAGCGUCCCGCAGGCCUUCCCUCCACCUCUGCUGGUAAUCAUGGCAACACUGGACCAGGGCUGUUCUGACUGACCGCUAACACCCGCAAACCUUAACUUCACCCUCUGCCCUUCAACUGCACUGUUAACCCCCCCCUCCCGCUGGGCACCGGGGCUGGAGGACCCCAGUCACCGAAGCCUCCCUCAGUCCAGUCUGACGGUACUCAUCAGCCAACACCCCCCCCACGGACUGAGGAGGACCGUUCUUGAAGUAACAUGCUGAAUUUGUCAUUUGUGUAGUUAUUUAUAUGGGAUUUUUUUUUCCUUUUCCUGAAUUAAAUAUGAAUAACAAUCAAAGAUAUUUAAUUUUUUAAAGAUUUUCUAAGUAUUUGAUUAUAUUUGGUUUAUUUAUUCUCUUAUUGGCUUCUUUAGCAGUCGUCAAAGAGGUUGGAUUGUGUGUUGUUUUUAAGUUAUUGCUAAAGCAGUUUGAUGUUGAAAUAAAAAGCCAGUCGAGGAGAUUUGGGGACAGAAAGAAGGGGCUGGUGGAUCAAGCUGGUACCCUCACAGAGCAAAGGUACCUGAUUAUCAUCAACGCAGCGGGUUCUGGAUUUAAUGCAGCACCUUGUUGGAUAAUUUUUUUUUUUUUUUUGUUUCCAGUGCAUAUUCACCCAGCUGAUGUUACUGAGUGAGCUGAGGAGCGUGUAUGUAUUUGAAUGUAUUUUCACAGGAAGCACUUUGGCCCUCUGCUGCAGUAUUAUUGUCUCCUUGACUGCUGCCUCUGAACUUUGUUUGCUCCAGGCUCUCUCAUCUGGCUCUUUGAGGCUCACAGGUCACCUUUUGAACUUAAAAUAGCUGCAUGUAACUGCUACAGUGCGACCAUGAGGGUAUUUUUUAUUUAAUUUAAUUUAAUGUGGCUCAAAGCACUUCGGCCUCCCACUUUGGGCUGAGCAUUGUGUUUGCCUGUAUGGCCCUUAAAUCAGUUUGGAUCUUAAUAAAACUUCAGUGUGAAUUGUUAAACGCCCUGUUAGGAGUAAAGGAAAUCCUUUCAGAGCAGCUCACUGCUUUUGGAUUUCUUUCUUCAUCACCUCAGCAAUCCCCCUUAGAAUACACAGGACCACUAAGCUGCUCUUUUGACUUCAGAGUCAGUCAAGACUCAACAAGGAGGUGUAACAGUCACUUCAGUGCUCACAGACAGGAUCUUUGGUUUUCAUCAGUCGUAAACUCAGUAGGAAUGGCUGUACUUGUAUUAAGCUCCCUGAUGUCUUGACUUGGGCCUGUGUGGUGCAUUUGAAGAAGCCUUAUCUGACUUACCAGAGGUAAAUGGAGUUUGCGUUCCUUCACCAGCUUGUGGUGCAACGACAAAUCAGUGGAUGUACUGCACACGGUGUUCCUGAGGGCAGCUUGCAUGCACUUUUCUGCUGCAGACUUUUAGUAAUAGCAGACAUGCUGGGUCUCCUCCUAAUGAGCUUUCCGACUGCACAGGUACUCACCUGCUCUCUGGGACUGGUUCGAACCUCAUGCUGAGAUUAGUUCCCAGUGUGUUUGUACCUGUUGAAUGAGUCGUGAACGUCGCCCUUCCUGUUUUUGUUUUUUUGCUUGUUUUAGAGAGAAAGUCUUUGUGAUCAGUGUUGUUAAAGUCUCUGUACUUCUCCUUAGCGCCAUUAGGAGCAGCAUUGUGCUGUGUGAGGCCCAUUUUAGCCAUUUCUCGAUGUCGACAGACGUCCACACAGAGGCAGCUGAAGGCUUUGUCUGCUUAGUGUCUCACCAGCAGCAGCAGGAUUCAACACACACACACACCCAAAUCUCCUUACCCUGAAAACAGUGUCUGUUCCAUUUGUGCCAUCUUCCUGUUUUUGCCGUUUUUAUAUUUUGUUGCAAUGAAUUGAUGGACUUUUUUUAAUCAACCUUUUUUAAAUGAGCAGGUGUGUCGCUGAGCCUGAUUUUUCUUUUGUUUGGUUGUUUUUGUCAGUUUCAAGCACUUGUACCAAAUAGAGAUUUUUGGAAUAUGUUUUAUUCUUAGAAUCUUACAAAAUGUUUGGAUUUUUUUUUAAAUUCUGUUGUAUGUGUGUUAACCUCAGGGCUGAAUCUCAGAUGCGUUUUAUAUUUGUUUCCUUCUCUUGUGUCAACCCCACAUUGACUGGAGCAAUGAUACACGUAGCAGGAUGUGCUCAUCUCCUCGGCUGUAACGCCUUUUUUGUUCUGUCUCGGUUACACGCUACCAUCACAUUCCAGCUCCACCUCCACGUGUCGUCAGUGAUGCGGCGGUUUCUUUUACUUAUCUCUUAGGACGUGGACCGCCAGCGUCACUGUCACACUUUUGUCGUCGUCUUAUUUUGUGGUAACUUUUUUUUUGUAUUGUAUUGUCCACCUGUUGGAGCAUCAGAGGUCAUGUAAUUGUUUAAAAAUAAAUAUUUUGUUC